ACCGUGCCCAUAUUGGUUGUGUGUUUGGGGCAUUGGGGUGUCGCGUUGGCACGUGGUGGGGCGACCGGCAAAGCUACUUCGAGGUUUGGAGUUUGGAGUUGUUCAGCAUUGUUCAGAGCAUCGGAACCACCGAGCAGUCAACAGCUGUCAGGUGGAUGUUCCUGAGCGAGAGAGAGAUCCUUUAUUUUUCCAUCGUGUAGCGUAGACUCGGUCGUGGCGAGAUGGAGUGCAUUUACAGGUUACCGUUUUUAAUCUUGGAAGUGCCUAACUUGAAACUGAAAAGACCGUCCUGGUUUGUCAAGCCUAGCGCUAUGGUAGUCUUCUCCUUCAUUCUGCUAUCAUACUUCUUGGUGACAGGAGGAAUUAUAUACGAUGUAAUUGUUGAGCCACCCAGUGUAGGGUCUACGACGGACGAACACGGUCAUACGAGACCUGUAGCGUUUAUGCCCUAUCGUGUAAACGGACAGUACAUUAUGGAGGGUUUGGCGUCCAGUUUCUUGUUCACAAUGGGAGGCUUGGGCUUCAUCAUCCUAGAUCAGACACACGGUCCAUCGACACCAAAGCUUAACAGAGUUCUCUUGAUAUGCGUCGGAUUUCUCAGCGUACUAGUGUCGUUUACAGCAUGCUGGAUAUUCAUGAAGAUGAAACUUCCUGGGUAUCUACAGUCUUAAAUAAUAAGAGAUUGUGAAUUCUAUGAAUGUGUUGAAUUAUCAUUUUUAUAUGUCGUAUGGGAUACCGUUACAAUACACAGGAUAUUGUAACAGAGUGGAUUGGUGAUUUUUGUAAUAAAGUAUAAUAAGCAAAACUAACUUUAGUAUCAUUAUAUUAUAUACAAUACAGGAUAAGAGACAUUAUAAAUUUUUAAAUAUAUUGUAGACAAUAUAUUACAACUAAGUUUUUAAAUAAUAUAUUUCAAUAUAGAUAUAAUGUAUAUUUUUUAAAAGCUCAUUAAAUACAGCUCCAAAAGUUCAUACUGAAAA